UACUAUUGGGGCAGCAUAUUCCAAAAUGUAAGCUACGCUACCAAACCGGAAGGAAGGAAGGGCCCCAAAGGCUUCACAGUCUCAUUUCUUCUUACCGAAAGCGCAUUUCUCUGCCAUUUUUCUCGAUUUUGCUUUCAGGAACACCGACGAAUGUAAUGGAGACAGCAUGUUUCACCCAAAAGAGCCUAGACUCUCGGUUCAGAGAAUAUCUUUUUCUUAUUUUAAGAUGAUUCUGGCAACAGGUUCCUGUUCCUUCACAGAAAUUGAGAAGCUCCAUCUUGGUUUUCUGAACUUGAAUCCGUCGAACUUUCCCUAAUCAUUUAACUACUGCCAUUAACUGAAGAGAUAUGAUUGCUUACUCUUUCUUAUGAUUUCUAUUUUUAAUCUUGCUUGAUCCUCGAAUUAGUUCAGCUUGCCUUAUAAAGCUUUUAGUGGCCAACAUUUGGCUCUUAAGGUGGUCACAUGGCCAGUUCUGCCAACAAAAAAAAUGUACCUAAAAGCCUUUCAAGUUCAUCUGGCCUUAAAUCUUUUGUGAACCGGUCUCAACCUUUAAGACCAACAACAUCACAUAAGUGGGAAAUUGGUAAAGGUGCUGGCAGCCAGGUGGCAUCAUUUCUUAUUAAAACUAUAGCAUUGGAGAGCAUUAGAAGAUUCUCACGAUCAAAAUGUCCCUUGCUCUGGAGUGGGUUGCAAGGUUUGCAAGUACUUUGUUAUCCACCACUCAAUUGGCUUCAGUGCUGGAAACCAUUUGGAUUCUUGAUUAAAAGAAUGCAGUUGAUAUCUCGCCCAUUAUUGGUUCUCUCCGUUGUGGAUGCUUUAUCUGAUCAUUCAGACUGCAGCAAAUUGCCCUCGAAUCAUACUGAAAAUUCACCAAGUGAUGAUGAACCGCAAUUGGGCUCCUUAUCUCCCUCGAGUUCCCUAAUUCUCCAUCCUAAUCCGAGCACUGUGAAUGAUCAUCCAGAAGGCCUUUUGUCAAUUGACUGGUUGGACCAGCUUCAUAAAGAACUGGAAAUUCAGGGGAUCUCGUUGCCAGAAAGACUUAACAGAGAGGAACUUCAGAGAUUCUAUGGAGCUGCCAAUGGUGAUAUGUCUAAUUUUCUAUCAUCUGUGAAAAAAACAAUCAGCUGGAGGGAGACAUACCGAAUUCUCUCUGAAGAAGAACUUGAAAUUUGGUCGAAUGUGGUCUUCUGGCAUGGGUUGGAUGUGAAGCAUCGACCCUGUCUCAUUAUCCGUCUUGGCAUGGGUUGCCGCCUGCCAUCUUGUAAUAGGCCACAGUUUGUUCAGGCAAUUGUAUCUCAGGUGGAAUACGGUGUUCUUCAUUUGGUGAGUGGCGAAAAUCCUCAAAUUACAGUUUUGGUGGAUUGCCAUGGCGUGUCCCCCUUGAGAUUUCCAAUGCAAUCGCUGCGAUACUGCUGUAAUAUUUUCCAAGAUCACUUUCCUAAUGUUUUGGGCUGUUUGAUUAUCAUACGGCUUCCCUCAGUCGUCCGUGUUAUUGCCCAAACAUUUAUACAAGUUCUCAAACCAACCACCAAGCGAAAACUGAGGAUCGAAGGCGUGACAUACAAAAAGUUUCUGUCGGAGUUUUUUCAAGCAGUCCCGUCAUAUCUCGGCGGGCAAUGCACUUGCACAGGGUGCACUAAACUUAUCAUCACAGGUAUUCAGGACCCAAUCUUGCAAAAACAAACCAGUACUCAGGACCCUGGUUCAGACAUUGCCAGUCGCGACGGUUUCCCAUUGGGGCCGGAAACUUAUCAACAAUACUACGGCAUGACAGACAAUUAUUGGGACCAAAAAUUACGGGCUGCAGUAAUUGUGAUUCUCAUUUUCGGGGCACUGAUUGCUCUUGCCGCGGGACUAUGGGAUCCUGAAACCCGGCCAACUUUACUUCGGUGAUGUCUGAUGCUCGGAGGCGCCCAUCGAGGUAAUUACUUAUCCGUAGUCAUAAAAAUUCCUUUUGUAGUUUAUCGUGAGUAGAGUUUUAUGUCCUGGUAAUUGGUGUUUACUUGGAUAUAUAUAUAUAUAUAUGUGUGUGUGUGUUUAUACUGCCUGUGUUUGUGGUGUUUAAAUGGUGAAAUUCGUGUUAGUAUAUAAACAGGCAUGCAACACUUAAGCUUAAUAGCUUUUAUAUAUCUGGUUUGAGGUUAGAUUAUAUAUAUAUGCAUUUAUGUUUAUGCUUU